CCAGCUGCUUGGGGGUGUCCUUUCCCUUUGUCCUCCUGCCAUGGAGCCUGCCAGGGAAGAAGCUUGCAGUGAGCGGCGGGAAGCUCCCCUGAGAUACACAGAGGCAUUACAGUGAGUGAGGACAGCUUGUCUGGGUGGACAGAGCAGCAGGCUGAGAGUGAAGAGACCUCGGUUCUCGUCCCACCUGAUGCAAGCCGCUUAACUGGACCUCCGCUUUCCCCUCUGUAAAAUAGGUGCAAUGAUACUGACCUAGCUUUGCAGAGGCUCAGUUCAUCCACUUUUCUGAAACGGAUCAGGGUCCCCUCCAAGAUUUUGCUGUACACCCCAACAAUGGGAAGGAGGAGCCUGGAGAUUUAAAGGAACAUAGUGGGAGGUGCUCAUUAAUUUCACUGCUUCCUGAGGCGUUCUCACAGGGAAAGCCUGCACUGCAAUCACUUGGGGUGACUGUGCUCACGUAGACUGCAUACCAAGCUAGCAUCAAUCUCGCUAGCUCUGGUACCUGCAAAGCUGCAGCAGUCUGGGCUUCAGUGCAGGCUGGAUAAGCCCACCUGGAACCAAGGGUAAUUACUCGUGCAGCCAGCCCACAGUGGAGCCUGUGCUGGCCACAGCUUCAUUGCUCUGGUAUCCAAGCUAGCUAGAUGAAUGCUAGCUCGGGUCCAUCCAUUCAAGCUGCAGUCACCCCCGAUGCAGUGCACACAGACCCUUAUGCACAGAGCACAGUAGAAGGUGCGGGGAGGUUUCCAUGCCAAGGACCUGGAGCAUGGGGAUAUUUUAGCACAGCGGCUAUCUAAGACUUUUGGGGAACCCUGGGAAAUAAACGUGAGCAAUCUACAAGGCUCAGGAGUGGCCCGUAGCCAUGAAGUAGUCAACAGACUUGUAACUGGAAAUUUUGCUUGUGUUCUGGUGUCCCUGAGCCGACCUAAGGGCCAAGGGCCUGAGCAUGUCUCUGCACAACUCACCGCUUUGCAUGCUCGCCCCCGCAACCCACAAUUUUCACUGUCACUCACACAUACAAACAAUAAACGAGACCUAUGCUCCUUCAAUUAGCACUGUUUGGCUCUCAAUGAACAAGUGAGUGUGGGCUAACGAGGGAAGCGGGACAUCUGAAAACACGGCCCUAAGCAUUUGCAUCAAGCUCAUGGGGGGCAAUGGAGACGCAGGUUUGGCGAAGGGCUCUCACCUACGGCUGCAGAUAGCAACCCUAAGGAGAAGCGGUGCAAGAGAAACAUCCUGUAUAUGUAUCCUAUGUUUAAGAACCGUGUAAAGCAGCAGCAACUUCUGGAAACUUUGCAUCUGCUGGAGCUGUUAGACUAUGAUAACAAACAUACACUGAACUGUAUUGGAGCCAGAUGUUUGACAGCAGAACUAAAGCCAAGAUCCAGCCUAUAAGCAGGGCCUCAAGCAAGAGACCAGAAAAAACUGGGUCCCUAGAGAUACCCAGGCUGCUGGAGGCAGGAGUCUGGCUGUAACUUCCUUCCCCUUCCAGCACUACUGCCAAGGUGAGAGGAUCUGGCAGAAAGCCUCCUUCUUCCUUCCCACCACGACCCUGCUACCAGACCUGGCAGAGAGAUAGCCAAGUGAGGAUCAUGGAGAACACAGUGGCCAAUGCAGAGAAAUAUUUCGGCCAGUUCUGUGCGCUGAUGGCCUCCUACGCCAGGAAGACAGCCAAGCUGCGGGACAAGUCAGAUCUCCUGGUGAAGCAGCUCAUAGACUAUGCGAACACCGAGAACCCUGAGCUGCGAAGCACCAUGAAGAACUUUGCUGAGGAGCUGGCCAAAGUGCAGGACUACAGGCAGGCAGAGGUGGAGAGACUGGAAACGAAGGUUGUGGAGCCGCUGAAACGGUACGGAGUCCAGCUCAAGCAGACACAGGCUGAGUCAAACGUGCACAAAGUCUCAGUAGACGCCAGCCGCACCACCCAGCAGCUCAAGGAAACCAUCGAUGAGUUCCAGAAACAGAAACUGAAAGACGUCCAGAAGAUUUUCUCAGACUUUGUCACCAUCGAGAUGGUUUUCCAUGCCAAGGCUCUCGAGGUCUAUUCCAGCGCCUUCCAGAAGCUGGACGAUUAUGACUUUGAAAGAGAUAUGGAGGAUUUCAGAGCAAAGAUCCAGAUUGCUUCUGGAAAUUUCGAUGCCAGGCCAGUGAGCACCACAAACCCUUCCUCCACCCUGCCAUGGUCCGCCAGCAGCCAGAGCGUUCGGAGCACUCUACAGAGGCAGGAAGACAGUGAAGAGGACUCCGAAGAGAACGUGUUGCAGGAUGUCAGCAAUCCAGAAUAUGCACAGAUUAGGCGGUAAUUGGACAGCAGGACUAACCAGCCACGCUCAUGAGAGCUGGAUGUAUUUAUUCUUAAUUUCACUGUACAUUCCCUUAUUGAACCUUAGAUUUUCUGUGAAGGCAAGGAACUCUCAAUGAGGCUCUUAAGCAAUUUGGAACCUCUGUGAAUGCAUUGUUCCCAAGCACUGCGGAGGCUCUAAUUCGGAGACUGAUUCUUAGUACUAGGGCGGAACCAAAAGGUUUAUUUGCAAGUUGAACAUCCUCUGGGAUAGCAUGUGGGGUGGACUGUCUGUUGGCACUACUCUGUGUUAUUACAAACCAGCAAUGGACCUCAGGUUACACACCAUUGUGCACGUAGAUCAUGCACUGAGUGACUGAGUUCCAUAUGAACAAACAAAACCCGCUGGCUGAAGUCUGGGAAAGCAAACUUGUACCCAACUCCCAGAAACAGCUAUGCUCUGAGGGGUGCAUCUCCCACAACUGAGUGGGAUCCCUGAAGAAACAAAAACCCUCCUCUACCUAUUCAAAAUAGCCACUUUAAAGGCAGGUCUGAAUCUCUCACCAAUGAGACAUGUAAAAAUCACAGCUUACUUCCAACUAACAUACAUCGUCUUCUUUACAGAGUUCUGUCUACAAGUCUGUCCAAUGGGCACAUCCCAGUAGCAUGCAGGAUACCAAUGUUAUACUGUAGGAUAUUGACUAUGUCAGAAGUAUAAUCGCAUUUUCCCACUACUAUAAUUUUACCUACUGAUUAAUUAACCGUGUAAAUAUGGUUAGCUCAGUGGAGGUUACCAUGCAAUUGUCAGUCAUUCACUCUUUGCUGCAGUUGGCUAUUUCCAUGUGACAUAAUAAACAGUUAUUUUA